AUGGAGCCGCAGACGCUGUGCUACUCGUGCGAGUACUGCAAGGGCGGCUUCCUGCACCAGCUGUACCAGCAAUACUCCCUGCUCAAGUUCGUCUCACUAGGCGCGUCCGUGGCGGCCCUCGUGCUCUACCUCAUGGCCUGCUGCGCCGCAUUCACAGGCCUCGACGAUGACCUCGACGCCAAAGAAGCUGAUGCUGCCGCCGCUGCCGCCGCCGCUGCUGCUGCUGCUGCUGCUAUGACUGGUAAGCUGCAGAAGAGCGGAACCAUGAGCCGCGUGAACACCUUCACCGUGGCCCCGGGGCAGUUUGAACGGGUUCUGUCGACCAGGGUAGGUGACCAAGGGGUUGGGAUGGGGUUGAAUGGAGGCGUGGGAGCAGCAGCAGCAGUGACGCAGUAUGAGCGGUCGCUAACGCAUGUGGAUAAGUCUCCAGGGGCGCUGGAUCGAUCUCUCACGGAACUCGAGAAAAGAGGGGGGAGACGGGCGAGUUACGGAGGAGAAACUAGAAUGCGGGAGGACAUGCGUAGCCGAGAAGGCACGCGCCGGAAGGGCGCGAUGGGGAGGCGGAAGAAGGAGGCCGCGACGCUGAGCGCCGCGUUCCACGCUUGCGAGUUCGCCAUCGCUCUCGGCGUCAUUGCCGCCGCGCUGUGGGCCAUGAUGAGCACACCGGCGAGCCUAUGUCUGCUGGUGUAUCAGACGCCCAUGAUGGUGGGGGGCGGCCUGCUGCUGCUAGCGGCACUGGUGGGGCUGCAGGGCGUGGCGUGCGGCCAUGGCGGGUUCAAGUGUCUGCACGUCUUCCUCGCUAUCCUCGCCCUUCUCGCCCUCCUCGCCUUCUCCAGUAACGUCGCCUCUGCCUUCGCCCACCUCGCCUUCUCCAGUAACGUCGCCUCUGCCUUCGCCCACCUCGCCUCCCUUUCCCCCCUCUCCGCCCCCUCCGCUCCUCCCCUGACAUCUGACUCCCUCAUAGCCACUUUGCCCCAACCCAAUCCCCUCCCCUCUUUCGCCUCAGUGCCUUUUGUAAGCCCGUGCGUGCACCUGUGCGAGCUACGUGCGGCCAAGUCUAUUACACCACUUGUUCAUCCCCCUCCCGCUACCCACCCGCUGCUUCGCCUACCCCUCGCCCUCACGUUCUCCCCCGCCUCCACCUCAUCCCUCUCUCUUCCUUCCCCCCAUCCUCCCGCCCCCUCUCACCCCCUCCCGGCGCCCGCCCGUCUCGCCGCAGUCUUUGCGUUUGUGGUGACGGCAGGAGGGGCAGCAAGCAGCAGCCGCGGUCAGACAGUGUACGAGCCAGCCGGCUUCUCCGCUUGGAUGCAGCAGCAGCUGGGCUCCUGGUCCUCGUUACAAGCAUGCCUCACUAACACCGUGCACGUCUGCUCCGACCUCCGCCUGUACACCCGUGACAAGCUGCAAGGGAAGCAGAUCUCGCCUCUAGAGGGAACCAAACACCUGCCUCUCCUCCGCCCUUCUCCCCACCACCUCUCUCUCCUCCCCUCUCCCACCCCAUGCUACCAGGCUGGUUGCUGCCUACCUCCCGAGGGCUGCCCAGUCAACCUCCCUCAGAACACAAUCUACUCCUUCGCCUUCGCCGUCCCCACCACACCCACCGUUACCACACCCGCCAACCCAACCUCCUCCUCCGCCUGUAGCGCCUUCAGCAUCGACCCCACAGUUCUCUGCUACAGCUGCUCGCUCUGCCAGGGCGGCCUGCUAGCCCUCCUCCAGAGCAACUUCAAGGUGCAGGCAUACGUGGGCACGGCAGCGGCGGGACUACUGCUGCUGCUGGGGCUUGCCAUGUGCUGCGCCUCGUGCAACGGUGCGGAGCCUGAGGGACUGAGUGAGUCCGAUGGCAUCGCGCUGGCCCGAGCACCCACAUUUGUGAUGGUGGAGCCGUCACUCGAAAGGACACUGUCCCGGGUGAACACUGGGGUAGGGGGAGCAGGGGGAGCGAACUUCAAACGGACCAACACUAUGGCCAGUGCUGCUGGGGGUGGGGGAGGGGGAGGGGCGCGGUUUGACCGUACGUUGAGCCGUGGUGGGGGGGAGAAGGGGCCGCAGAAUGGGCCGGGGAGUGCGAGCUUCCAGCGCAGUCUGACUUUCCAGAGCAUGGCGAGCGCUGAGUACAAGCGACAGAUGAGCAUGGCUGGUGGGAAUGGAAAUGGGAAUGGGAAUGUGGGGUAUGCAGAGGGAGGAAGGGAGGAAGAAUGGGAGGUUCGGGAUGUGGAGGACAGGUAUGAGGAUGAGGGGGGGGAUAGGCGGACGUACCAGCGGCAGCGGAGCAAGGUGGGUGGUGGGGAGAGAGGUUAUGAUGAGGUGGAGGGAGAGGAGGAGUAUGAUGAGCAGAGGGAGUCGAGACAGAGGAGUCGGGCGCGGCAGAGCAAUAGGUCGGUGGGAGGGGAGGAGGACGAUGACAGGUUGGUUCGUAACACGACGUGGGGGUCGAGUCAGAACCCGAAACGCACCCCUCCGGAUGGGGGUGAGGCGCGGACGCCUCGUGGGGGGAGACGAGGGGGAAGGGCGGCGCGAGGGGGUUCUAUGAGCCAAGGGCGGUCGGGACAUCAGAGAAGCACGACGUGGGGGGAUGAUGAAGACCCGGAGCAAGGGCGGGGGCAAGUGAGGAGGGUGGAGGUAGGCGUGAGUACCCCAAAGAGGAAACAGAAGCCGAGGAAUCAAGAAGUAUACGAGGAUGAUGGCCAAUAUAAUGAAGAUUACGACGAUAUGUACUAUUAA